AGUUGGCUCGGCGGCGGCGGAGCGGCAGGAGCGGCGGCGCCGAGCGGGGCCGCGCGGGGCGGCGGGGCGCGGGCGGCGGCGGCGGCGGCGGCAGAGCCGGAGCAACAUGGCGCCGGUGGGUGGGGGCGGGCACCCGGGCGGCGGGCCGGCCCGAGGGCGCCUCCUCCUGGCGGCGCUGGCGCUGCCGGUGCUGCUGUGGGCGCGGGGGGCCCGGGGCCAGGGCACCCCGCCGCGGGGCACGAUCCUGGGCAUGAGGCUGGCGAGCUGCAACAAGUCGUGUGGGAUGGACGAGAACGGUAUCAUCUUCGUGUCCGAGGGCAGCACGGUGAACCUGCGGCUGUAUGGACAGAGCCUGGGUGAAGUCUCCAGCAACCUGAUCUCCUUCACCGAGGUGGACAACGCCGAGGCCGCCCGCAACUCCACCAACUGCCUGGAGCUCACCAAGGACCUGGUGGUCCAGAAGCUGGUCAACGUGAGCCGCGGGAACACGUCCGGGAUGCUCGUGGUGCUCACCAAGUUCCUGCGGCGCAGCGAGAACAUGAAGCUGUACGCGCUGUGCACCCGGGCCCAUGCCGGGGAACCCUGGGUCAAGUGGACUGACAAGGACUCACUGCUGUUUAUGGUGGAGGAGACCGGGAGGCUCCUGCCCCUCUGGCUGCACAUCUUACUCAUCACGGUGCUGCUGGUGCUGUCGGGGAUCUUUUCGGGCCUCAACCUGGGCCUCAUGGCCCUGGACCCCAUGGAACUGCGCAUUGUGCAGAACUGUGGCACUGACAAGGAGAAGCGCUACGCCCGCAAGAUCGAGCCCAUCCGGCGCAAAGGCAACUACCUGCUGUGCUCGCUGCUCCUGGGCAACGUCCUGGUCAACACCUCCCUCACCAUCCUCCUGGACAACCUCAUCGGCUCAGGCCUCAUGGCGGUGGCCUCUUCCACCAUCGGCAUCGUCAUCUUUGGCGAGAUCUUACCUCAGGCCCUGUGCUCCCGGCAUGGGCUGGCCGUGGGCGCCAACACCAUCAUCCUCACCAAAUGCUUCAUGUUCCUCACCUUCCCCCUCAGCUUCCCCAUCAGCAAGCUCCUGGACUUCUUCCUGGGCCAGGAGAUCCGCACGGUCUACAACCGGGAGAAGCUGAUGGAGAUGUUGAAGGUGACGGAACCCUACAACGACCUGGUCAAGGAAGAGCUCAACAUGAUCCAGGGGGCCCUGGAGCUGCGCACCAAGACGGUGGAGGACAUCAUGACGCAACUCCAGGACUGCUUCAUGAUCCGCAGCGAUGCCAUCCUGGACUUCAACACCAUGUCCGAGAUCAUGGAGAGCGGCUACACCCGCAUCCCCGUGUAUGAGGAUGAGCAGUCCAACAUCGUCGACAUCCUGUACGUCAAGGACCUGGCCUUCGUGGACCCCGACGACUGUACCCCCCUCAAGACCAUCACCCGCUUCUAUAACCACCCGGUGCACUUUGUCUUCCACGACACCAAGCUGGAUGCCAUGCUGGAGGAGUUCAAGAAGGGCAAGUCCCACCUGGCCAUUGUGCAGAAGGUCAACAACGAGGGUGAGGGAGACCCCUUCUAUGAGGUCCUGGGCCUGGUCACCUUGGAGGACGUCAUUGAGGAGAUCAUCAAGUCUGAGAUCUUGGAUGAGUCGGACAUGUACACCGACAACCGGAGCCGGAAACGAGUGUCUGAGAAGAACAAGCGUGACUUCUCAGCCUUCAAGGACGCUGACAAUGAACUCAAAGUGAAAAUCUCACCCCAACUCCUCCUGGCUGCUCAUCGCUUCCUAGCCACGGAGGUCCCCCAGUUCAGCCCCUCACUGAUAUCAGAGAAGAUCCUGCUGCGGCUGCUCAAGUACCCGGACGUCAUUCAGGAGCUCAAGUUUGACGAGCACAAUAAGUACUAUGUCCGCCACUACCUGUACACCCAGAAUAAGCCUGCCGACUACUUCAUCCUCAUCCUGCAGGGGAAGGUGGAGGUGGAGGCAGGGAAAGAGAACAUGAAGUUCGAGACGGGUGCCUUCUCCUACUAUGGGACCAUGGCUCUGGCCUCCGUCCCCUCUGUGCCUUCAACCCAGGUCGGGUGUCCGCUUACCAAGCGGAAUUCCUUGCUCUCCUGGCUCGCAGACCGCUCCCCGGCCCACCCUAUGCCCCUUAGCCGCUCGGCCUCCCUCAGUUACCCGGACCGCCCAGAUGCCAUGAUCACCACCACCACCACAACCCCAACCCCUUCUCCCUUGACGGGCAGCAGCAACCAGUUCGGCAGCUCUGUCCUGGGCCAGUAUGUCUCCGACUUCAGCGUGCGGGCGCUAAUGGACCUGCAGUACAUUAAGAUCACGCGGCAACAGUACCAGAAUGGGCUGCUGGCCUCACGCAUGGAGAACAGCCCACAGUCCCCCGUGGACGGGCGCACCACCUGCAUGGACAACUUUGCCGAGAAGUGCGAGCUGCCAGUGGUGGAUGAGACUACGACACUUCUCAACGAACGCAACUUCUUGCUACACAGAGGCUCCCAUGAGAGCGUCAUCUGACAGGAGGGCCCGGGGUCCCCCGCCUGCCCUGCGGGGGCCUCCCCAGUGGGCCCGCAUCAAGAGAGGGAGCCUGUGCAGCCGGAAGGGUAGACGGCCCAGCCAACUGGGCAGCCACUCAAGUGGGGCUCUCUGACCAGCUCAGAGGUGUUCACGGCUACCCUGGCCUGGACUGCUGGGACAAUGGGCUGGCUACUAUGAGCAAAGGCUUUGUUUUUUUACUGGAUUUCUAAGUGGGACUCAUUGCUCCUCUUUUUAAGUAUCAUUUGGGAAGGGUUGACAGGGUUAAGGAACUUUAUUUAAAAAAAAACAACUUUUUUUUUUAAAAUAUUUAGACAGGGGGAGGGUUAUCUCACCCCAGGAAGCAACAGCCAUAACGUGCUUCCAGCUGUGACUUUCCAGCUCCUGUCCCUGACUCAGGGAGCCCCCCACCCCCUUUCACCUCUGCCUCCACUGUGCCGCUGACAACCCACAGAGGUCGGAAGCCCAGAACCCGCUGGAGGCCAGUUGACUCUUGGGAAGAAGGUGGCUGUCCCCCCAUGGAGCACCAGAACCGAAUGAAGUUGCGGUCGGCUGCCUGGACGUGGGCCCUGAGGCUUGUCGGAAGUCGCCAAAGCCGAGGGACUUCUGGAUAACUGUGAUCAGGGAUGCAGUGAGCUAGCUGCAGCCUCCCAGGCUCUCCCAGUGAGUUGGGGGCCUGGCAGGGACUCUGCCCUGGAGACGGCAUCCUCCUGAGACUGGGCGGGCCACACUCAGAUCAUCAGGCAGGGCCUCAGACCUUCCCCAUCGCUGCCUCCUCGACCCAGGCCCUGCCCUCACUUGUACCAAAGGUUGCCCCCCUCGGUGUGGUAGGUGUCUUCGACAAUGGAGGUGACUUGGCUGGGUGGCCUUGUCCUAGGUGUCUGUGUUGUUAGCAGCUAAUUGCCCCUUCACCCUGCCAUCUCUCAAGGAGUCAAGGCCCCCAGCUCAACUACCUGUUUCCAGUCCCCAGACCUCAAUCCUCCUGGGGGUCGGGGACGAGAGGACAUAUUGGUAGUUGCCACCUCAGCAAGUUCUUAGGGUUCUUUCCUCUGCGGCUGCCCAGAGGCUCGCCUGAUGUCCUUCACCAGCCCUGGCAACCCUGGAAAAGAGUUCUGCUAAAGGCAUGUAGCUGGCAGUCCCCUUUCUUGGCACCUUUGCCCUGUGCUGGGACUCCAGACUUCCACUGUGGGGAGGCUGUGGGACCAAGGGCUGUGAUGGCCCUUCUGUUGUCAGGUACAACAGGAGCUUGGACCUGGAAUCCAGGUGAAAGGGGCUCGCAGCCCACCGCCACCACUACCACCACCAAGUAGUGUUCACGCACCCCUUUCUUCAAUCAGUGGAGUCCUGUCACCCCAAAUGCUCUGCUUUCCAGGCGCCUGGAGAAUCUUAAUUGCUGGGACUGGACUAUGUGUCACACCGAAGUCCACUGUACCUGACCAGCCUCAGAACUGACUCCAAGAAGCCUGAAUGGAAGGUGGUGUGACAGCCAUGGGUCCUUAGCCUUAAGGACAAAAAAAAAAAAAAAAAAAAAAAAAAAGAUGCCAGACUUCUGGUUCCUGUGGGGGAAACCCCUUUGUUUGCUACAGGAGCAGCUUGUUCCCCUGUCAUUACAAGAGCUGGCAGAGCCGAGUGCUGGGCACAGCCAGACGCACUGGCCCCAACCAUGUGGGCAUGUGUGGAGCAGAAGGAGCAGGUGCACACGCCUCACAGCUACCUCUGCACACACACAGUUCCUUCUAACAGAUGGUCCUUCCCGUUUCCCUGCCCCCAUUACAAUCACUUCUCGCAGAGGGUCAUAAUUCUUUCCAAAUAUUACUGGUCCGAUGACUUCCUCCUCCCAGUGCAAUUUUUUUUUUUCUUUCCACUUCCUAUUCCAACCUCUAGUUCCUGGGCUGAGCCAUACCCUGGACCUGGCCCACCCUGCUUGUCUUCCCUGUAAGGGAAAAGUUUGCAUCCGGUAUCCAAAUGGGUAGGCAAGUCACAGCCACCGUAGCAAAUAACUCCUAUUUAUUUUGCAUAAGAUUUUAAUUUGUAUAUUUUUGUGAUUUAUUUUGGCAUCGUUAUGAGUUUGACUCUCGGGGAGUUUCGUUGUUAUGCCUCUUGUGUCUUUUGUCACAAAACAAUGAUAAUAUUUGCUAAACAAUAUAUGGAAUUUAUUUUUGAUUGGUAAUAAAAGAUGAAGUAUAUAUACA